AUGGAUCAAGUAAUUGGUGCAGUGAUAAAUGAAUAUCGAUUCUUGAAGGUAUUAGGAACUGGAUCAAUGGCAGAGUAAUAAUCUAAGUUAUUUAAAAGUGUGUAUCACGUGUAGGAUGUAAAUUCAUAAGUUAAUUAUGCCAUCAAAGUUUAUACUUGUCCUGCCAGCGAUAUAAGAUGUCACAAUGAAGCAAAAAUUUUGGAAAAAUUGAGUCAUUCCAAUAUUAUCACUUUGUAUAAGAAUUUGCAGAUGAAAUUCAAGGGAGAUUCAGGAGAAAUUAUAACUAUGGAUUGCUUAGUUUUGGAAUACUUGGAAAAAGGAGAUUUGUUUGAAUUUAUAGCUAAGACUGGUAAUUUUGGAGAGAGUCUGUGUCGCUAUUACUUUAAGCAAUUGACUCAAGUGGUAGAUUUCAUGCAUGGAUAGGGAUUCGUUCAUAGAAAUCUAAAAUUAGAGUCAAUAUUAUUAGAUAGAAAAUUUAAUCUAAAACUAUGUAAUUUUGCAUGCGCCUCAUAUCUGAAUAAAUACAAAGAUGGCAAAUUGAAGACUAAGGUUGGAACUAAGAAUUAUUAAGCACCAGAAGUAUUGUAUGGAGCAAUAUAUGAUGGAGUUAAAGCCGAUGUUUUUUCAUUGGGAGUCAUUCUAUUCAUUAUGUAUAAGGGUUAGCCACCAUUUUCGAAAGCUAACUAAUAGGAUGCAUUAUACAAUUUGAUAAUCUAGGAGAAUCACAAAUAGUUUUGGGAAAUUCAUUCGUAAAAAAUGGAGUUUUCGUUCGAUUUCAAGGAACUCUUUUUGGGAAUGGUAAAUCCAAAUCCAGAAAAGAGAUUUAAUAUAGAGGGAGUAAAAAAUUCGAAAUGGUUUGGAGGGGUUUCUAAGACCAUUUAAGAUGCUUAUGAAGAAAUGAUUAAUAGAGAGAAGUAUAUUCUUAAGGUGUGA